UGAGCACACAGUACGUACCCAACACUCACCAGAGCACACUAGCACAGAAUGGCCAACGCAAUGUUGCUCCCUGCGCUCAUCUCCUUCCUCAUCCUGCCCUUCUCCUCCCUGGCCCUGACCCAGGACUUCUGCGUGGCCGACCUAGCCUGCCCCGACACGCCGGCGGGGUACCCGUGCAAGCCGGGCGUCGGCGCGGGCGACUUCUACUACCACGGCCUCGCCGCCGCCGGUAACACCAACAACCUCAUCAAGGCGGCCGUCACACCGGCCUUCGUGGGCCAGUUCCCCGGCGUCAACGGGCUCGGCAUCUCCGCAGCCAGGCUCGACAUCGCCGUGGGCGGCGUCGUGCCGCUGCACACCCACCCGGCCGCCUCCGAGCUGCUCUUCGUCACCGAGGGCACCAUCCUCGCCGGCUUCAUCAGCUCCUCUUCCAACACCGUCUACACCAAGACGCUCUACAAGGGCGACAUCAUGGUCUUCCCCCAGGGCCUGCUCCACUACCAGUACAACGGCGGCAGCUCCCCGGCCGUCGCCCUCGUCGCCUUCAGCGGCCCCAACCCCGGCCUGCAGAUCACCGACUACGCCCUCUUCGCCAACAACCUGCCGUCCGCCGUCGUCGAGACCGUCACCUUCCUCGACGACGCGCAGGUCAAGAAGCUCAAGUCCGUGCUCGGCGGCACCGGCUAAGCAUUAAUCAAGCAAGCAGGUCUCUAUGCAAGGUCGUCAUUUAUCCUGGUGUCACCGUGUCGGAUUACGUACCUGGACGAUAACACCGCCAGAGAAAUGGUUUCUACCUAUACCGUGCAUGCAUAUUAUAUAGUAGUGUGCAUGCAUCCAUCAUCUAUAUAUCGCCAAUUGGGUCGUGCAAUAUUUUCUAGUUUUGUCAAAAUUUUCUUGUCCUAAAUUGUUGUAUAGUGUUUCUAUGAGAUUGUUUUCUUCCUUCAAAACGUAUCAUAAUGUUUCAGCGUGUACUCAGUAAGAGAGCUUUGUAUACUUUAUUUGUGUCAAUUUCUUCUUAUAUUUUUA